AUGUUCAGUCUACCGGAAGGAAUAACGAGAAGACAAAGGUUGUGGAUGGGUGCGACUCACCUUCCGUACUUUUUCUGGAAUAUAAUUAAAGGAAAUACAUCAUUGGAUAGUCCAGUUGUUCUGACUCCUGGUUUUUUGAAUAUGUCUGAUGAAAUUGUGGAAAGGAGCAUGAGAAAGAAAAAGGAUUUUUGCAAAGAUGGCAUACCAUCAUUCGAUUUGAGAAUAACACAAUUGAAUGAGGAAGAUAAGAAUAUGGAUGAUAAGGAAGGAAGUAAGGCAGUAAUUAGAUAUACAAAAAAAAUCUGUAGCGGAAGACAAACUGAAGAAAAGAACUGGAAAAGAUCUUAUGGAAAGUGA